GUUGGAAUGAAGAGUAUGUGGCAGUCCUCUCUCUCCACCUCUUCAUUUACAAAUGAUUUCUUUCUGCUACACUGUAUUCCCAGUCUCCUCCUACCGCUAGCAUUUCAGACACAGCCUAGAAGCUGCCUCCCUCCCAGGCUCAGACAGACACAGGCCAGCGAUCUCUCCUCUUCCCUGGUAAGUGUGGGAUCCUGGGCUAGAGAUCAGGUUCAUAUUGCUGUGCUCACUGUGGGGCUGUGUGUGUGCAUUAACCCAUGUGUUUACCUGCUAGACAGUAUUGUAUCAUUAUUUUAUUAUUUAUAUAGCUCAGAUUCCAUAGCACUGUACAAUGAUGGAUGUGUCUGUACUCAGCUGCUACCUGUGAUUGCCAUUACUGAUUUUAGAAUCUAAGCUUUUUUUCCCUUUUUCUUUUAAAUCAAUCACAAAAAUAGGACUUAAUGGAUGGAUUUAUUAAACAGCUUUACAGGUGAAAGAAUCCUGUUUGCAGGGGAAAUGGGAAAAUAACUAAUCAGGGGGAGCUGUUCUAACAGAUGGUGCCUCUGCUAUUUUAUUUAAUGACCCUGUUCCACAAGGAGAGGAUAACUAUGUAUCACAGCCCAGCAUUCUAAUAAUUUAUUGCAGUCAGGAGAUCAGCCUGUUUAGCAGGUUGUCUGAUUGCUGGCUCUGUCUGAGAAGUUCUGAGCUAGGAUUGCUAGAUACCCCAAGUUUUUUCAGGAAACAUUUGUGCAUGUUGAUGAGCUGUACAUGAAAUCUCUGUCCCUCAAAGCUGCAGGUUAUAAAUCAGCUUGUUGCUAGCCUACAGUAAUGUCCAAUCAAUUUAUCAUCUGUCUCAAGGUGUGUACUGUUGCUUUUGUGGGGUGUAAGUGCAAUAGACUUUCAGUUAUCUGAAAAAUGUCACAUAAUGUUCUCCAGUAGAAUAUACCUGAAUGUUUUGUAUACAUGGUAUGACUAGACCUACACACCUUCUUCUUACUUUGGUUGAGUGAUCCUGACUCAGACAAUGGAUAUAUAGAAAAGGAGGUCAUCCUGUUGAUUUUUGAACUUCCUGACAAGUGACAGUGUUGAGUGAAGUGGUGUCCAGACAGAUUUUGUUUUGACUGAUCAUGUAACCUCUGACUCUGUUUAGCUGUCCCUUGAAUUGUUCAGGAUGGUUAUUUGAAGUGGUGUUAGUUCCGUGGAAAUUCAAUGAUCUAUUAUUUAUAGUUCAACUGAUGGCUGUUGUCCUAUAGGGGGAAUCUUAACUAAACACCAAAUUGUACUGAAUUGAAAAUUAAAAGGAAAACUAUAGGGUGAGGAACACAAACAUGUAUUCCUGACCCCUUUAGAAUGGGUUAAAACUUGCCUUAUUUCCAGUGCUGCGCUGGCCUCGUCCCUGAUCUGCCUCUUUGGCCAACAUCAUCAGAACUGGAUGAUUAUCUCAGGUAAUCUAAUGCUUUCCCUAUGGAUUGGCUGAGAUUGUUACAAGGGUUGGGGACAUGGGAAAAAUGGCAGCCAGGCUAAAUUGCAUCUCUACGAGGAAAGUUCAGUGUCUCCAUGCAGAGGGUGGAGAUGCUGGAUGGCAGCACUGCCCCAGGAAGCACCUCUAGUAGCCAUCUGAGGAGUGCCCAGUGGACGUAUACCUAGGUUGUAGGGACUGUCUAUACUUACCAGAACAACUACAAUCAACUGUAGUUGUUCUGGUAACUAUAGUGUCACUUUAAUUGUCAAAUUUAGGCUAAAAAUGGUCAAAGUUGGGGAUUUUUUUUUUCAAUACUAUUCAAUACAUUUCAUGUGUAGGAAAUAAGCCUCAUUGUAGCCUGAAAGAAUUGACUUAUUCUGACGCAAUUAGGUUCUACGACUCGUGUAUAAUAUGAUGGAAACAAGUAGCAGAGUUUGUCACAAUAGAAAAGUCCAAUUUUCCACAUUGGACAAUAUGGGCUGGUUUUAUAGUCCCUUCUUUCACCAGAGUGAUUGGAUUGCUCAGGGUUGUUCAUUAAAGCAUGAAUUGUUGGAAUCAAUGCAUCUCUGAGGAAAAUUCAGCAUCCCCAUGCAGAGUGUGGAGACACUGAAUGGCAGGGCUGCCUGCUGCGCAGCACUGACCCAGGAAGCACCUCCAGUGGCCAUCUGAGGAGUGGCCACUUGGAGGUGUCCCUAGGGGCAAUGUAAACACUGCCUUUUUUCUGAAAAGACAGUGUUUACAUGAAAAUGCAUGAAGGGAGCUAUUAUACUCACCAGAACAAAUACAUUAAGCUGUAGUUGUUCUGGUGACUAUAGUGUCCCUUUUAAGGAUCAAAAUAGACGAAUGGGGAACACAAGUCAUUUGGAGAUUUUUUUUUUCCUACUUCGCUAUUCUAGGUAAAAAUGUAAUUUUACUUUGGAUUUCCAUUCAUUCACAGGUUAGUGAAUAGAUCUGUGUGAGAAGCCCCAAUUUGUUUCCUUAUUUUUUUCUCAGCAGUACAUGCCCAUCUAGACAUCUUAUUAUAUACCCUACGGGAUUAAUUAGAUAUAAUAUAAUAAACUAAUAAUUUUUAAUGCUAAAACGUGUUUAUUGUGGAUAAAUGUGUUUUACGUUCAUCUUCUAAUGGUGUUUACCAUGGGCGUUGGGGACUGAAGUCUCGAGUGUUGGCCUCUUUAACACCAUAUUUCUACAAUUGGUAGAGAGUGGGCAGCAGGCCAUAUGGAAGUUUUUUUUGUUUGUUUGUUUUGUUAUUUUAAAAGCAGCCACCUGUAAUAAUAAUUAUCAGAUGUGUGGUGCUCUGCCAGGCCAUUUAGGAGCAGGAGGUGGUGCCCUCAGGGGACUGUGGAGAGGGGGUGUUAGAGAAUAGAACUUUGCUGCCCGGCCCUCUAUUAGGUAGUGUGACGAUUGUUCAUGGGUAGAGGGGAUGGGACACAACCUAUAAGGGUGAGGGUCAUGGUAUAUGCCCCAUCUCUCUGUUAGUGUAAUGGUCAUUGAGUUCUCCUUUGGAUUCCAGCCCCAGGUGUUUCUGCAACCUACCACGUCCGCUGGCAUUUUACAUACUCCGACAAUUGUUUUAGUGGAAGCGAUAGUUUUAUAUGAUCGUGUUCAAUUCUUAUCUCUUCAGCCCACUACAAGUAGUUUCUGUUCUUCCUUGUUUGUUUUCGCUGUGUUAGAAGACUGUAAACAGUAACUUUGUGUAUCUGUUUCCUAGCCUUCAUUCAUUCUAUUCGUGUUUCAAUGUCAUUAGUCAACAAAUAUCAACUACAAAACUAUCAACUGACAGCGAUACAAUGUAAUCUGUCAUGAACACAGAGAAGUUGUUUAUCAUUGAGACCGAAUGAGUCUCUAUCCCAGCACUUAUUUAUAAUUGUUACAAUUAUUUUAUUGUUUGCUUGUUUGUGUGUUUUUAUUUUUGUUGUUGUUUUUAUUAUGAUUCUAGCUGGAAAAAAUCUACUCUACAAAUUACAAAGACACAAACCCCUGCCUGCAUAUCUUGCCUUUAUUGAAGCAUCAAUUCUGUUAAACUGGCAAUUUAAUUCUUCACAACUGAAUUGUAGCAAAUUGACACAGGAAGGGCAAAAAAAUACUAAAUUGGAAAAAUGUCUUAACUUGUUUAUAUUUAAAGCCUGGUUAUUGUGGCUUAAACUGUGUUAUCCCAUAAUGAAUGUUCCAUAAUUCCCACCUUAGUGAAUUACCCCAUCAGUUGGACUUUAUUACCUAAACGGCAUAUUGGCGGCUUUAUUGCUGUAUUUGUUAGGACUUUAUAUUUAAUGGGAAAUGUUAAGCUGCCAACCACCUAUACAUGCAUAUUCCUUGUGGGUUUUUUUCAUUUCUGUUUUUGGGGUAUUUUGUUUUCUUUUUCCACAACUAGCUAUAGCAGUGAUGGCCGUCUUGGGCAUCUUAGGCAUUUUAGAAUUACGUUUUGUGUGAUUGCUUGGUCUGCUUCAUGGCUGGCUGAGCUUAAUGUGAAUGAUAGUUCAGACACAUCUGGAGUGCCCAGGAUAGUGAUGGCUGCCCUGGAGGCUGUUUAUAGAAUAGCACACUCCUUGGGUGGUACAUGUGGGAGACCCAGGGCCAGCGUUUUUCUCUUUAUUUUAACACGUUGUGUUUAUUUUGGUUUUCUCAGAUAGGGCCACAUCGCAGUGUAGAGAAAUCAGGCUGCAAUAUUGCAUCUUAAUACAAUAUUAUGAGUAAUAAAUCUUCUGCGUGAAAGGUUGGGCGUAGAUGAGAAGGGAUCUGUGAAAUACUCUAUCAAUAUUACAGCUUGCAGAAAUUCUAAUUCCGAUCUAAUAAAGAACACAUUUCUGCUCCAAAUACAUAGAAAAUCUGUUUCAGAAAAAUCGGGUUUAUGGAUUUAUCCACUAAGUCUUGGGUAUUGACAGAUUCACGCUUCCCCCCCACCCCCCCAUGUGCUAUUUAUUUAUUAUUUUUUUAAAGACAGUCAUUUUCAUGUUCCCAGCAGUUUGUUGCCGUCGAGUGAAUACAGUGUGUGUCUGUCUUUCUGUAUGUCUGUCGAUAUCAAAUCCUGGUCCUCUCAGGGUUUCUGUGCUGGGAAAGUGGCUCCUUGCCCGCAUCACUGCCUGACAACAGCUGGAGGGACAAAGCAGUAGGCACUCUUGGAUAUUCCUUUACCCGGCGGAAGAUUCUAGAUAGUUGUUUUCAAUAGAAACUGAGACACACUAGCACAAUUCAUACAUUUGAAAAACAAGUGUGUACCUCCACAAGUCUUAUAUCCCCAAAUAACUCUCGGUGGAGUACUCAAUCUGUCCAAGUAACUGAUCUGUAGAUGUUUGGAGAAAGCCACCCCGUUAAAGUUUAGACCGGCCACUAGCGUGGUCUAAGCCGAAAAUAGUUCCAGGCAGUUCUGGGUAUUUGUCGGUACUUUAACGGGGUCUCUGGUCGGAAAAGGGGGGCUCCCCCUGGUUCAUAUGUAGCGAUUGUUCCUCCUAAGGUAUUGCAGCUCUUCUCCAAAGCUUGCUCUCAUAGGAUACUGGGAAAGGGGCAAAAACCAGUAAGCAUGUUGACUGGGACAAGGUGGUACUUGUGGCCAAUCUGGAGUUCCAGGGCAACCACAGAUAAGUCCAGCUGACGCGUUCAGGCUACUCCGGCUCAGGAGCUGGGUUGAGAACGUGCAGAGAAAGGUGCUUGCUGGGCUCCUAUGGAGGGGAGGAGAAACAGAGGACCAGGGGGGUGUCAUAGUCUUUCGGGUGGUUUUAGUGGUAUCCGCCAUAGUGGUAUAAAAUUCCUAUAGAGGCAAAACUACAAUGGCAACCAAUGAUGAGCAUUCAGUAUGGCUUGCAUUGUGACUGUUCUACAACUACUGCUUUGCACUAUUUAUUUGACAAAUCUAACAUCUUCACUGUGACAAAAUGGAUACAUUCUGAAAAUCACCAUGGCAACGUGCUAAUUGCAUAAUUUGUGGUCCAAGAAGACCCUCUGACACAUUUGUGUGCAACAAUAGAAAUUUGCAAAAUUUGCUGUCGCUAUAGAUCUGCCACAUAAAGCGAGUAUCUUUUUUUUUUUUUUUAUCUUCAUAUUUAAUCAUCAUAUUAAAAUGUAUUCUUUUUUUUUUAUCCCUACACACUAAACUCACUCAUUAGUUCCGUUACAAAUUAUCAGUAUGAAAAUAAACUUUGCUCUGUAAACACUACCAGGAUUAAUCACUAACGUGAAGAUUCGAGGUGAAUUCCAAUGUAAUUCACAUUUAUUUAUUUAAAUUUUAAGGUAAACUAGUUGAACAGGAAAAAAUCAGCUUUGUUUUCCAUUCAGCUACUUUGGUCUUACAUUUUAGAAUCUCUUAAGUUCACUUUGAAUUCUCACUUUAGUUAAUAAUUCUGUAUGAGCUCACCUGUCUCAACAGAAAGAAUCUCCACAGGAGGAGAACAGAAAUCUUUCACACUUUCCACUUCAUAGUAUUGUUUUGUUUAAAUCUUUUUCCAUCUCCCCCUCGUUUAACUGGCCGUGAUGUGUCCAGCUUACAUGAUGCACGUAUUAGCCUGAGAGGAAGCUGUUGGGUAAUGGGCCAAAUUGUACCUUCAUAUCCGCCUUCAUCCAGUGGGAAAAAAUGCAUAAAAUACAAAGUUGAGGAGAUGUAAUUUUCUGGUGAGUAAAUGAACGUCUGGUGAGGAAUACUAAACAUUGGUCAGUGACAUACAGGGAGGAAUCUAGGUCAGGGUAAAGGAAUUCUUGUGACUCUCACCAGAUACAGCUUUUCAGUUCUUAGUUAAUAAAGAGCAGUUUGAGUUAAAAGAUAGAUUAAUCAGCGAGAACCAUGGAGACUGUUUGUUUACAUGAUGUUUGCUCUAUUCAUUUCUGCCUCUUACCCCAUAUUUAAUCUGCAUAUGUAGUGUUACCCCUUUCAAUGGACCAUUGGAACUCUUUCUUUCAUAUGAAAGUGUAAGACAGGGUGCCCAAAAGGUAGAUCAUUUAUGUUCUAGAACUAGAAUUUCCAUGAUGUUCUGAGAAUUCCAUCUGCUUGAUCGACAGCUCUGGUGGGCUGUCUUAUAGCUACAAAAAGUUCCAUGUAUAUACUCAGAGGUGUAACUAGAAAGCACUGGGCUCAGGUGAGAGAAUUACCCUGCUUUCCCUCCACCCCACGUGUCUCAUCCCGCCCAAGCCCCUUCACUUGUCUUAUUCCCUCCCCAAUAGCCCCUCCAUGCAUCUCAUUUCCCCCCAGCCCCUCAAUGUGUAUCAUUCCAAACUCCCCCCAGCCCCUCAAUGUGUGUAAUUCCCAACCCCCAUAGCCACUUUGUGUCUCAUCCCCAGCCCCUCCAUGUGUGUCAUUCCAAUUUCCACUCCUCCAUGUGUGUCAUUCUCUCCCCCCUACUAGCUCGCUGCUGCGGUUCCCAGUCUGACAGGAAGUGCUCUCUCACUGAGCACUUCCUGUCAGACAGCUCGGCCAGGCUACACACAGGCAGGUGGGGAGCAGCACAGCACAGCUCUCCCCUCCUGCCUGACACCUGGGAACUGUGGGCAGUACACCGGCACAGAAGGCAUGCAGGUGGCCUACAGUCAAAGGUAAAAUGUUAAUAAAUUUGCCCGUUACGUGUUAGAUGUUUGAUGAAACCUCUACGUUAUAGAGAAAAGAAGUCCAAGGAAAAUGGGUUGCUGAUGGUGGAGGGGUGACUAAAAAUCUGACUGACCUGUUUUAAUCAAAGCUGUAAUCUAAUUUCUCAAAGCUAUCCAGGUUAUAGAGAAAAGUGAACUCUGAGUAAUGAGCAGAAAACACACUGAUGUUGAUUCUAGGGUAACUUGAGGCUGAGGCUGAACCCAUCAAUUUUAAUGAGUUAUUUAGUUACGAAUUAAAAUGCAAAAGUGAAAAAUUAAAAAGAAAAUGAUUGGCAUUCUAAAUCCAAUGUUCCCUCAAUCCGAUUUCUUCCAUUGUUUGUAAUGUAACACACAGUAUGUACAUCUGCCAUUCUGAACACAUGUGCACGCUAGAGCUUAAUGCUUUCCAACGGUCGGAAUUUUGGCAAGCGAUGGUUCCACAACUGCUUGCAUGCAUUGUAGCAUUCAUCAUGCAAAUACCAAGAAACGUGCUUCUUCCUUCAACAGUUGUAUCUUGCGGAAUAUAUUUAUUAAUUUUUGCAAUAACUGGAUAGCUUCCAGCAUGCACGUUAAGCAAAGUUUGUUACUAUGCCUUGAGCGUUCAUAUGCCUGAAACAUGUCCAGGCCUUGGUGUGUCCUUCUAAUGGUAGAUAUUCUAUACACAUUUUCUGCAACAUUAACUCUGAAAGGGCUGUGUUCCAGGUAAGCAACCAGUGUAAAAAAGAGAAAGGACAGCAGAACAUAAAAAAAAUUACGUUUUCCUACAAUAUUGUGUCCAGUUUUAGUCUAGAACUAAGUUAGGAAAAAACCCAAAAACAAAGCAGUACGAAUUUAGAGCAUAGUUUGCAUAAUAUAUUUCAAGAGAGGCUGAAAGCCCGAAUUUGUUGGCGCUAUAUAAAUCCUAAUAAUAAUUUCUGUAUUCUGUCCAACCUAGAUGGCAGUGUUAAGCUGAUAAGCAGUCAAGUAACCAGCCCAAAAGCUCCCAGCCAAACAUCGUUCUGAUUGGAUGGAAUGGAUAUAGAUAAUGUAGAUGUGUAACAUCUGAUUUAUCAGAGGGGGGGGGGGGGUUAGGGGUGUGCUCUUUCGGGUGCAGGGAAGAGAGCAGAUUUUGUCAAAUAUUUCUUAAAUGGUUUGACGAAAAACUAGGGGAUAACACCCAGAGGCUCUUGGCAAUGGUAAUGGUGCAUAGAGUGCUUGCUUAAAGGGACACUAUAGUCACCGGUGCAACUACAUGUAUUCCUGACCCUAUAGUGUUAACACGACCAUUUAGACCCCCCUGGGCCCCUCAUGCCUCCAUAAAUAUUGUAUAAAUCUUACUGUAUUCAAGCCAGAAGCUGUAAAUCUGCAUGCUGUUAGACUCAGGAAAAACAAGCAGUCUGCUGACGUCAUAGCCUGAUCCAAUCACAGUAGUUCCCCAUAGGAUUGGCUGAGACUGACAUAGAGGCAGAUCAGGGGCAGAGCCAGCAUGAUUCAAACACAGCCCUGGCCAAUCUCCUCAUAGAGAUGAAUUGAAUCAGUGAAUCUCUAUGAGGAAAGUUCAGUGUCUGCAUGCAGAGGGAGGAGAUAUUGAAUCACAGGAUGCUCGUGCACAGCAGAUCUGAGUGGAUGGAGGCAUAUUAUACAGAAGUCCCUCUGGUUCACUCUAAGUGACUGCAACUGGAGGUGUUCCUAUCUUUCAAUGUAAACACUGUAUUUUCUCAGAAAAUAGAGUUAACAUGAGAGGCUGCAGGAAACUAUAGUUCUCACCUGAACAACCUCUUUGGGCUGAAGUUGUUCAGGUGACUACAGUGUCCCUCUAAAUAGGUUUUCAUCUGCUCUCAAGUUGUUUUUGCUAAAUCUGGAUCACUAUAUUUUGUAAUUGUAGAUAUUGUCCUAUAAACAAUAUUAUGAGACUCUGACACACAUUCUAUGCGGUGUCUUGCUGUGACAAAAAAAAAAGGAAACUGUAUUCAAAACAUUUUGCCUGGAGGAACUAAAACUUAUCAAAGCAAACAUGUGAGACUAUGAAAUAACUUUUGAAGCGGAAUGUCGUGUCUCUAUGUAUUUAUUGGGGGGGGAGGGAUGGGGUGGUCUGCUGUACAGUGAGUUUGAGACAUGCAAUUAAUGGAAAUCUAGUUAAAAUAUGAUCUGAAUGGUGUAUUAAACCUGUAGCCUCUGAAACUGUACGAAGAUCUUACAUGUGACUGUGUAAACCAGAGAUGCUAUAAUAGGCUGAGAGGAAGGCUAGUUCCCGAGCUCCCAAGCUGAUUGUUAUGGUUUUGUGGACUUUUCUUUAACCCCUUAAGGACCAAACUUCUGGAAUAAAAGGGAAUCAUGACAUGUCACACAUGUCAUGUGUCCUUAAGGGGUUAAACCUGGUAGGACACAUUGCCACUACAGGAAAAUACAAGGUGUACAAUGUGCUGUCUGUGGAGACAAAGGAUUUGCAGCCUACACUAGUUAGGGUUUUUACUUGCUGUUGUGGGUUUGCUUGUUUUUGUUUGUGUUUUGCUGUUUGAUCUCUAUGACAACAUCUUGUUCUUGUCAGAUUUAAACAAGGACUUGCCAGGGGACUACAGAACACUUGGCCACCAGGAUAUUGGCAUACAGUGGUGUUGGCUGCUUUCUCACAGAGCCAUUAGUCUGCUGAUUACAUGUAAUGAGAGGUGUGCUGGGAUGUCUGACUUAGAACUAUGAGUGUGAAUCAGCUGGCACAAACUGGCCUCUUGCUAGCCCAGCACUGGGUGGGUAUGUACUGGGGCCGCUAACCUGCUAUCUCAAUGCUGUUUGGACCUUCACAUCACCAUUAGUCUGACUCUAGAAUCUGGCCUGACCAGGCAGCUAAACCGAGCUCAAGACAUUCAUAACACAAGCCGGUUGUUUUUGGUAACAGUGGAGUCACAGAAAAUAGAAUACAUUUUCUGUGAAUGAUCCCUUAUUUUGUGCAGGUUAUAAUGGUGGCGGCUAUAGGAAUAUAUGAUGUCAUACUUUGAGACUCCAUCUUUUAAAUCCAUACAUCACGUGCCACGUCAGGCAGAACAUCCACAAAGAGACCAGUUAGAUUUGUGUGCAAAAAAAGGCCAUUUGUUGUACUAGCCCCCAAGGCCACACGCUACUGGUCCACUGAUUCAUUCGCAUUGGUGUUUUUGAUAAAUGAGACAUGUGUCAUUAAAAAGGUUAAAUGUAUAUUUCUCCUAGCUUCUGUUCUCUAUCACUAUAUCUGCAUAACUUGAAAUCUCUAAUGAUUAAAGUUCUGCACACACACUGUGUAAUAAUGGUUUACCUUGUUAAUCAGAAGGGAACUUCUUCGUGUUAUCCAUUAAAUUCUGUCUUGGCAAUUAAGUAAACACUAUAGUAUUAGAAAUAAAAGCAUGUAAUUCUAUUGUUAUAGUGUUCUAGUACCUAUUUAGAUUUCUGACCCCUAAUUAAAUGAAAUAAAACAAGCUUUACUUAAGCAACACUAUAGUGUUAGGAAUACAAAUCUGUAUUCCUAACGCUAUAGUGUCCCUUUAUUUCCUCCCCCCUCCCCCCCCAGCAACUAAAAAGGUAAGAAAAAAAAAAACUUUCAAACUCUCACCUUAUUCCAGUUCUAAUGUACCAAAGUGUUGGCUCCGUCUCUGCCUUCUCCAGCGUCAUAGCCAGGCUGGAACCUCCGUACUGCUUGCGCAUUAGACCUUCCCCAUAGGAAAGCACUGUAUUAAUGGAUUUCUAUGGGGAGUUAGCAAAGCAUGAGGACGUCCAGCGUUGUUCCAAACUCUGUAAAAGGCCAGGAAUUGCCUCGAGUGACUGUCUGGUAGAACGUCAAUGUUUCUGUAAAAUUUCAGUGUUCUCAGCUGCAGGGCUAAGGGGACAAUGAGAAUGCACCCAGACAACUUCAAUGAGAUGCAGUGGUCUAGUUGUCCCUUUACCUUGUUUCCAGUGCCAAGAUUCAGUCCUCACAGCCAGUGGUGUAUCCUGGUUUUGUGCUGCCCUAGAGCGGGACAAAACUCAGGCACCAACCACCCGCGCAACCGCCACCCAACCUUCCCCCCUGCCCCGCCUUCUAAAUACACACACACACAUUCACUGACAGAUACGCAUUCACUUGCUAACAGAAACACACACUCACUAACAGACACACACUCACACACUCACUAACAGACACACACUCACACACUCACUAACAGACACACACACACACACAGGCAAACACACACACUAACAGACAUCCACACUAACAGACAUCCACACUAACAGACAUCCACACUAACAGACAUCCACACUAACAGACACACACACUAACAUACAUACACUAACAUUAACAUACACACUAACACUAACAGACACACACUAACAUACACUAACACACACACUAACAGACACACACUAACAGACACACUAACACUAACAGACACACACACUAACAGACACACACACUAACACUAACAGACACACUAACAUGCACACACUAACAGACAUCCACACACACACACACACUAACACACACACUAACACACACACACUAACACACACACUAGCAGACAUACACACACUCACUAGUGUUUUUUUUGUUUUGUUUUUAUUUAACCCCCCCAGCCUCCUUACUUUUGCUGGGGGGGUUCUUCCUCUCCCUGGGGUCCUGGGGUCCAGUGGCUGCAGGGCGGGCGGGCGGCCGGCGAGGGAGCUCUUCCCCUGAGCGCUCUGCUCAGCUCCCUCGCGCGCCGCCAGCAGAGUGAGGCUGGGAGCCGGAAUAUGACGUCAUCAACCCGGCUCCCAGCCUCACUCUGCUGGCGGCGCGCGAGGGAGCUGAGCAGAGCACUCAGGGGAAGAGCUCCCUCGCCGGCCGCCCGCCCAGCGCCCAGAAUGUCUGUUAGCCGCGAGGCUAACAAGACAUUUGCCUUGGGCAUUUGGGGGGCGGCGUUUUUUCCAGCCCCCUGAAAAAUGCCGCCCAAGGCAAAUGCCUUGUUUGCCUCGCGGCUAAUACGCCCCUGCUGGUAUGGCAGGCUCUUUCUGUUCUCCCUUGCUCCAUGUGUUGCCCAUGCUGACCCAGUGUGCACCUCCCACCAUUCUAGUCUUGCACUGUAUUCAGUGGUGUAUCCUGGUUUUGUGCUGCCCUAGGCAGGACAAAACUCAAGCACCCCCCCCCCGCGCCACCCCCACCCGCGCAACCGCCACCCAACCUUCCCCCCCUGCUCCGCCUUCUAAAUACACACACACACAUUCACUGACAGAUACGCAUUCACUUGCUAACAGAAACACACACACUCACAGGCAAACACACACACACACACUCACAGGCAAACACACACACACACUAACAGGCAAACACACACACACACUAACAGACAUCCACACUAACAGACAUCCACACUAACAGACAUCCACACUAACAGACAUCCACACUAACAGACACACACACUAACAGACAUCCACACACACACUAACAUACACACACUAACAGACACACACACACAGACACACACACUAAGACACACACACUAACACACACACACUAACACACACACACUAACAUACACACACUAACAUACACACUAACAGACAUCCACACACUCACUAGUGGUUUUUUUUUGGUUUUUUUAUUUAACCCCCCCAGCCUCCUUACUUUUGCUGGGGGGGUUCUUCCUCUCCCUGGGGUCCAGUGGCUGCAGGGCGGGCGGCCGGCGAGGGAGCUCUUCCCCUGAGCGCUCUGCUCAGCUCCCUCGCGCGCCGCCAGCAGAGUGAGGCUGAGAGCCGGAAUAUGACGUCAUCAACCCGGCUCCCAGCCUCACUCUGCUGGCGGCGCGCGAGGGAGCUGAGCAGAGGGCUCAGGGGAAGAGCUCCCUCGCCGGCCGCCCGCCCAGCGCCCAGAAUGUCUCUUAGCCGCGAGGCUAACAAGACAUUGGCAAAUGCCUUGUUUGCCUCGCGGCUAAUACGCCCCUGACUGUAUUGUGGAUGGUUUCCUAAUUCCAUUGCCUCCAAUCCCACCAACAAGUGUGUAGAUCUUUGCAGUAAGCUAAAGUUAAGCGUUACCCCUGGAUCUCGAUGCAUAUCACCUGGUCCAAGCAGGGCCGUCUUUAGCGCGGGGCAAACGGGGCAGCUGCCCCGGGCCCAGUUGCUCCUGGGGGGGCCCCAGGGCAGCUGCCCCGUGGGCCCCGCGAUUUCAGCAGCCCCCGUGUACCCGGCGGCCGGCGGUGCAGCCGCACCGGCCCGCCAACUAAGGAGGCCCCCGGGUGGCCCAUGCACUAAGGGCCACCCUGUGGGCAUGUGGCAGAAGGGUCCCGGUCGGGCGCUGUGACGCUUAAACAGCGCGACCGGGCCCCUUCCUGUUCCGGCUGGGAGGAAGUGAGUGCCGCGCGUCACUUCCUCCCACCGGAGAUAGCCGCGCGGGAGGAGGAAGGCAGGGAGGAGGGGAGUUUCAGAGAAGAACUCCCAUCUGCCUCAGCCUGCCACUGGACCCCAGGGAAACCACCCUCCAUAAAAAGGUAAGAACCUGGAGGGUGGCUAAAUGUAUGUCAGUGUGUUAGUAUGUCUGUGUCAGUAUGUCUGUUUGUGUAUGUAUGUCAGUAUGUCUGUGUGUGUCUAUGACAGACAUACUGACAUACACACACAGACACACUGACAUACACACACAGACACACUGACACAUACACACACACAGACAUACACACACACACACACACACAUACUGACACACACACAGACAUAUACACACACAAACAUACUGACAUACACUCACAGACAUACUGACAUGCACACACAGACAUACUAACACACCACACAGACAUACUAACACACACAGACAUACUGUGUGUAUGUCUGUGUGUUUGUAUGUCAGUAUGUCUGUGUGUGUAUGUCAGUAUGUCUCACUGUGUUCCAGUGUGUGUGUAUGUCAGUAUGUCUGUGUAUGUCAAUACGCCUGUCAGUGUAUGUGUCUGUGUGUGUCUGUGCCAAUAUAUCUGUCAGUGUAUGUGUCUGUGAGUAUGUAUGUGUCUGUGUGUAUCAGUAUGUCUGAAUGUGUGUCAAUGUUUGCCAGUAUAUAUUUUUGUGUCAGUGUAUGUGUGUGUCAGUAUGUAUCUGCAAAUGUUUUAAUGUGUCUGUCUUUGUGUGUAUGUGUCAGUAUGUCUGUCAGUGUGAUUGCGGGUUGGGCGUAAUGGGGUGGGAGGGUGCAGUGACAGGGCCCAGGGGGCCCAAGAAAAGGCUUUGCCCGGGGUCCUAUUCAUAUUAUAGACGGCCCUGGGUCCAAGGCCAGGUCCCAGCAUGCGCACUACCAUCUUCUUGUUGUCAAGGAGAUGCCAAGGCAACAAGGGUAACAUUAUUGUUAACAAAUCAUGACGUGCACCAGGCUCAGUUCUUACAGAAGACCUAUCUCCAAACAUGUCAAAUGGACAAAGAGACGCUUUCAUAUUUGGGCUGUGGCCAAUGGUGGUGUUAUUCGGAGAAACCUUACGUGAUUUAUUAAAAAGAAUGCUACUAAAAUGUAAUUUAGAAGUAUAAUGUAUCUUAUUUACUCUGAUUUCUAAAUCAAAUUAGCGUGUGUGUGUGUAUAUAUAUACACACACACACGUACCUGUGUGUAUGUACACUAAAACGUUAUGGAGCUCCUAGAAAAGGAUACAGGAGGGGUUUGGGCCUAAAGUAGGGACUGUCCCUCUUAAAUGGGGACAGUUGGGAUUCAUGCAGAUGGUGAUGGGAAUAGGUUAGUAUUCGACCAGUAGGUCACUAUGGACCAUCUAAGCCAAUGCAUUGGCUACUAACUGUCAUUAUGGAACACAGAUUUUUAUACAGCUGGAUAGGACAUUAUUAAUGGCAUUAAAAUAUGAGUCUUUCUUGGUUUUGCAGGAUGCAUGAAUCGCCAUAUUUUUCUGGAUGAUUUUGUAAAAAUGCCUCUGCUAGUUAUGUAAUCAGCAUGGUGUGGCAUUUCAUAUCCCAGUCUUCCAGAGAUUAUCAGCUUCACACUACCAGGAGAAAACCGCCACCAUAUAGGCCGAAUGGGAGAGUGUUCAAUUAAAAUGUGACUGCCAUUCCGAAGCUUAACUCAAACUAAUUUCUGGAUGACCAAAACAUGUCCCAGUUGCCUUGAGUUUAGGGACUCCAAAAUGCACGAUGACAGUAAAACUGUGUAUUACAGGAAAAUAAUGCAUGGAUGAUGUCACCCACGGCUAGACUAUUCAUUAACUCUGAGUUUUAGCAAAUUAAAUCCCCGUACACACAUGUGGUGGGAUAGGAAACUGAAAUUGGGACUGCCACUCUGGAUCCAGGACUGUUGGAGGUAUAAGUACAUGAUUUGAAAAUCUGAUGCAUCCCAUGAAAUAACAGCCAGUUCACAAAAUACUCGUAACAUACUCUUUUUAACAAGUAGCUACUUCAGUAUUUCUUACUAGUAACUUUUUUUUUUCCUGUUUACAACACGGGUAUAAGACAUUCUGUUCUCAAUUGGGCUUUGAAUAACAAAGUGAACACGAUUUUAGUAUUCCCGUCACCUACGCUCCUUGCAAAAUAAGACGGCAAGAUAUUGUCUACGGACAUUCUUAGGGGACCUUUUUAUACCCUCAUCCAACCAGUCAUUCUAUGACAUUCUAAAGAAACUCGGUAUCCCUAUGGUGCCAAGGGGAAACCUUCUGUAUUCAUAAAGAACAAUAAAAGACUGUACUAAUGGAGAUAUAUAAUAUUAUAUCUGAAAUAUUUUUGUGCAUCUUAACUGUUUCUUGGCUUAUUCACUGGAUGGUUCCAAAUCGAAUCCCAAAUUCCCUCUUACACUUUCCUUUAACAAAUCCGGUUUCUGUUAAACAAUAGUACUGCAUCCAUGCAUGGAUCUGUCUUUUUAUUUCUAUAUGAAUGUUAUAUUCUGUAAUCAAAUUAUUAAAUAUGUCAGUUGGCUGGGAUUGUACUCUGCGUCUCAUCAUUCUCAUGUAAAGAUAACUUUAUUUUCUGUGUUCUCUCCCUGUCUACAUUGUUUUUUUUUUUUUUUAUUAUAUAUUUUUUUUUUUUUACCAUGGGAGAAUUCGAGGAAAUGGGUUCCCUGGGUUUUUAUGAUAAAUUUUUUCUUUAAUUAGAAGUGCCAAUGUGUAUGUCCCAUGCUGCAGUGCUGGGUACUGGACUCUGGCAUCAUUUCCCCCCCCCCCAUAUCUUGGGAAGCCUAUAAUCAGGUCUCUGGUCAAUCCAAAGAAAAGAAAAAGUUACCUGCGCUCUCUCCUUAAUCCCUAUGUAUAUUUAGACAAAUGGAGGUCAUUUAGUUGCUCCAAUGGCCAUUGGAGGGAAUGCCCGCCUGCCAACGUCAAGGCAGACCCCCCUAUGCGGGUCCUAACACUGACCCUUCAGCCUGCUUCCUUGAGCUUCUGGCAAAGAUAUCUCUAAUGAGACAGAGAGGGGUCUUUUUUAUAUACACCCCUAUAUUCUUAUUAACCCUUAAUAGGGAACACAUGGGAUGGGUGGCAGCAUUGUAACAAGGCUGUGUGAUACAAAGUAAAUACAAAAAGAGAAGUCCUGCGCUCACUCCCAUCACUACUGGGCCGGCAGCAAUGACUACAGUACACAUCAGCCCCAAUAUAUAGUAAAAACCAAAGAAAAGAAAACGUUUUCCCAAUAAAAGAUGCAGUGCAGCAGCUGAUCCAGGUAUGUUGUUUCUGUCACUUCGUUAUACAGGGUUAUUCAAUAAAGUGUGAAUUGUCAGGAAUUUAACCCCUUAAGCACACAAUUUCAAAAAUAAUAGGGAAUCAUGAUGGAAUAUUUCCGUCAUGUGUCUUUAAGGGGUUAAAUUGUUUUAAUUUCCUAUGCCAAAAUACGUGAUAUUAGAACCCUGAGAUUACCUAUGUUGCCCUGUUUGACAUGCUUUUAGCGCCUUCCUUUCUCGUGCCAUUGAUCGUGUACGGCAGGAGUAGGCAACCUUCAGCACUUCUCCCAUAAUACUCUUUUAGGAACGUUGCUGGCUGAGCAUCAAGGGAGAUGUAGUCCACAUAUGGAGUGCCAAAGGUUGCCUAUCUCUGAUCUAUGGAACAGAACAAUUUAGUUUUGAGCUUUUAAAGGCAAACAAUCUGUAUCAUACCGGUGACAUUCCAGGAUUAUCAACUUUUACUCCAGUAAGAGAGAGAUGAAUUAAUAGGCUCCAGGAGAGAGAGGGGAUGCUGAGUAAAACAUAGACUAUUAUAAAUGCUGUAUGCUUGAUAAAUAUGUAGAAAUGGUGGCCAAACUACACAAAACUCUAUAUUGCAACAGCUUAAGUGUAAUAAACGGUGGAAGGUUCUAGAAUUUCGUCUUUAUUUGUUUUAAAGGGAAUUCAUAUCUCUGGAUACAUUUCUAGCGGUCUGGCCCAACAUCUCUGUUCCUGACUGGGUCCAGUAUUCACAUUGAUCCCUUUUUAAUAAUGAUUAGAUCCCAUAACACUUUUCUGCUGUCCACUAAUUGCUGGACGAUCCGGUUUCGCCUCGGAGAAUGUGUUUUCAUGGAAUGAGGUUGAGUAGUUUACAGCUGUGGUAUUUUUCUGGAAUUCUACAUAAGACCAAAAGGAAUAUGAUAAUCCUCCAACCUUAUCCAGAAUUGUACAGUUAUCGUGACAGAUAUUGGACAGGCAGGGAUCUGAAAUUCUUCCAUCACCAAUUCUGUUUUAUAAUUCUACUUAAACACAGUCUUAAAACGUGUAACCUUUUCAUAUAAUGUAAAAUUUAGUAUCAUGUGUUUUUUUUUGUUUUUUUUUUAAAAGGUUGUAUUCACUGAGCAAAGUUCACAAUGCAGCUUCAUAUUUAACUUGUAUAACUUCACAGCCCUCCAUAGAAUAUUGUUAGGUGUGGAGAAAUAAAUUAAAUGAUGAGGGGAAAAAAAGGUUUUAUGGCGUUAUAGUAAACAUAACACAUCUGAUCACAUUCACCUGAAACCCGGAGACGGAUUCUGUGGCUGUGGUGCAAGAAGAUUGUUGCUUGCUUUGUAAAAACCUUGCAUCGUGUGUGCGUGAAAAGUGUAUUUUUUUUUUUAUUUUAUUGCUUUUUUUUAUGGGAUGUUUCAUCACAUGAAUUUUUGUAUGAACUACUGCAAUUCUCAGGAGCUCACUUCAAAUGCAAGCUCUUCACGCUUGUAUUUCAUCUUUUAAUUACCGUACUUGCUGUUAAAUAUCCUUUUUGUAUAAUUGUAAAGCUCUGCAGAUUGAAAUGGCAUUUUCUAAAUGCUGUAAUAUAUUGUUAAAGGGUUACUCCAACCACCAUGACCACUUUAGUGGUUUGAAGUUGUCAGUUUGUUUAAACAUUGCACAUACUAAGAUAUUUGCACUUGUGUGCUAGAGGCAGCAAGGAACUGUGUUCCGGGUUGACUAAUAUCAAUUUUGUGCAUAAAACACAUGUCAUCAGCUCGUACAGACAUGAUUGUCUUCCUCUUGCACCAUGUGCUCCCUCCUGCCUCCCGCCAUUAACUUUGGAGGUUCUUUUAGUUUUUUUUGUUUUAAAAACCCUUCCUCCCUUGCCAGCCCAGAUUGUGCGCAUGUGGUGAGGAGGGGUAAGGAAGAUCAACGCCAGGAGCUAAGCGAACCAUUUUAUUUUGCAGGAUAUACUACAGAUCGGAGAAAGACCAUCUCCACAGUGCCCAAUAAGGCAUAUUACACAGAAAAGAUAUCCUUCCUUAGAAGGAUAUUUUAGAUAUUCUAAAAUAUAAAUGUUGACUGCUGAAUACAUUAUUGCUACAAAAUGCUGUACAACUACAGGAAUAGAUUUUGUUAAAAUAACUAAGCAGUGCUCUGUAAUGUAGUUUAAAUACAUAGUUUGGGCUCGGCAGAGAAUUCGAAUAUUGCAUAUACUGUGAAAUGAAAAUUUUAAAGUGUAUUGAGAGAGGCCAAUGAAGAACAUGUUCAGUGCAGUACAAGUCUGGGUAUUACUGAAACAAACAUUCACACAGUUCUAAAAACAAUGUAGCCUUUGUUUUAUGGUGGCGAUCCACAAUUCCAAUAAAUGUAAUAUCUUGGAUGUGCAUUGAGCCAAAGAUGAGAAGAUGUUCCCUCACCAUGAACGAAAGAUGCAGUACAGGAGUAGGCCAAAGACUUUUUUUCCAAGGAGAUUUCCUUGAGAAUUAGGAUUCGCUUUGUAUAGAGAAUAAUCAAAGCAAAAUGAAUAAGGUUCUGCUUCUAUUCUGAAUUUCAGCUGGGUUUGUUCAUAGCGAAUUAAUUUGCCCUGAUCUAUGUCAGCUGCUGUUCAGUAAUUCAGCCAAAAACUUGCUUAAAAGAAAAAGAAUGUUAAUCCGUGAGUUCUGUUUAGCUGCCAAAAAUGAUACACUAAUACUGGAUCACAUCAUCAGAAAAGUUGUAAAAUUAAAUGUGCUUACUAUUUGACUUUCAAGUUCUCGCAAGGUCAGCAGAGAAGUUCUGGUGGUCACAGGGAAGUGAUUUACAACAAAUCUUGUUCAUUAAGAUCGUCCUUUUUAGAAGAACAAAUAUGUGUAAAAUGAAACCAUAAUCCUGAAGAACAGAGUUCUGGAAACCUGGUUCAGCUAAUAAAUGGCCAUUAUAAAUCACAUUCUGUGUAUUCAUGCUCGGAAGACAAAGAUUAGAGGAACUCUGUUCUAACACAAUUAAUGGCGAUUUCAACAUUUUGAUUAAUCUGCAAAACAUGGACAGAAUUUAUUUUCCCAUCUCUUAUUAGGGGUACCCAUAGAUCAAAGAGUUUAAAGGAAAUGUGACACAUCCACUAACAGAUGGAGUUUUAAUUCUGCAUUGUGCUGUAUGAAUGGCUAGCAAAUGUAUACUUUAAUUCUAUAUAGUUCUAUACUUACUAAAUAAUACUGCUCCAUGAUAGUCACCGACCUCUGAUAGCACUCCCUAGGCCCCAUAACCACCCCAACUGACUGAAGUGGUUUUUGUACCUGGAGCCUGCAGGUACUGGGUUCCGCAUCGCUGGCUAAAUUACAUCAUGGCGGAAGCUGAAUUAUGUCGUACCAGGGACUCGGCAGUAAUUGUCUCACUACCUGCUACCCACGGUAUGGCGUGAAGUGGAACAUGGGGUCAGACUGCAUUAUCCCUGCUAAUCCUUUAAGUAACCCUGAUCUGAGCAUCCAUGUUUCUCCGUAAGAAAGCAUUAAAGGACCACUCUAGGCACCUAGACCACUUCAGCUCAAUUAAGUGGCCUGGGUGCCAGGUUCCCCUAGUUUUAACCCUGCAGCUGAAAACAUAGCAGUUUCAGAGAAACUGCUAUGUUUACACUGCAGGGUAAAUCCAGCCUCUAGUCUCACGGAGUCCAGCGUCAAAAAAGAUCCCUGUAGGGAAGCAUUGAGCUUUCCUAUAGGUGGGUUUGAAUGCGUGCGUGCCUCUGGCCGUGGAGGCGCAUUCGGCUCCACUCGGAAGCUGACGUUGAUGGAGGAGGAGAGGUCACCAGUGCCGAGGGAGCCUGGUCCUGGAUUAAGGUCACGGCCGUCUUUUACACGGGGCAAACUGGGCAGCUGCCCCGGGCCCAGUUACUCCUGGGGAGCCCGAAUCAGCUGCACCGUGAGCCCCGCUGGCCUCAAAUAUUACUCCACACACUAAGGAGGCCCUUGCUUUUCAGCAGCUGACUGGGAGGAAGUGACGGCUGUGCGUCACUUCCUCCCACAAAGAGAGGAGCGCGCGGGAAAGAAGAGUAGGCAGAGUGGAAGGGGGCUGACCGAGAGAGCCAGACCCCAACUCACAACUCCUUCUGUCUGUGUUACACACCAAAAUUUUAUGUAAAUACACCGCGCAUUCAAAAACCAACACUACACAAAUACAUGCUUGCAAUCACGCCAACAUCACAUACAAACAUAUUCCAUACAAAAAACCUGUUUACAUUCAAACGCACAAAAACUUUAGUUUUGUGCUAAAUACAGACCUGCAAACAUGGAUAAAUUGUAGAGCCCCAGCUGUAAAUGCAUUUCUGGAGUUACACGACAAAUGGGGGAUCUACCUUUUAAUCACCCGUGCGACAGGGAGGCCCCCAAAAUUUUUUGCACCUCUCUACUUUAGGUCCACUGGAGUGGAGGACGUGAUUGCACGGCUGGGGAGGGUGGACAAGGUCCAGGGAACCCCAAGCAAAUGCUUUGCCCAGGGUCCAGUCAAUAUUAAAGACGGCCCUGAUUAAGGUAAGCAAAUAAAUGGUUAAUUAACCAUUUAUUCGCAGCAGAACGGGGUGACUAGGGCUCUAUAGCGUUAGGAAUGUAUAUCUGUAUUCCUAACGCUAUGGUGUUACUUUAAAGCAAACUUGUCCUGUGGGGGUUUCUGAGUUUUGCUGUCAGUGCAGUGGGAGCUCCUCCAGUGGCUGUAAGGAAUACUGCCAUUAGAGUUUGGAUUUAACCCUGCAAUGUUAACAUGGUCUUAAAAGGACAGGACCUCUGCACCUAGACCACUUUAUUGAUUUGAAAUAGUCUGGGUGACUUUUGUUGUCCUGUAAAUAUUUUACUCUGCAUUCUCACACAAUGAGGCAGACUUCAUUCCAUAUUAAGAUGUGAACAUGCUUGUCCCAGGUAUCUGAUAUUGUCUGGAAAUACAUCAAUUGCAGCACAAUCUGUUCCUGUUCAGCAACGUUAAUCUGAGAUUUUAACAUGGUGUUAGUUUUAUUCCACAGGAAAUUAAUGGAAAAAGCCAUUUUGGCUAAAGCGUAUGAAAAUGUCUGAAUGAAACUAUAAGUUUCUAGUAACCUUGAUCUGAAAAGGGGAGGCUGAAUUGAUCACCUCUAUUUUUAAUCGUGGAUAGGUUUCUCGUGUCACGUACAAUGUGGGGUAUUUUUGUUUGUUUUUAAAUAGCAUUUUGUGAAGUUUUGCAUAGCUUGUCAAAAUGCAAUGAGAUCGGGAUGUUGUUUUGCAAUAUGAUACCCGAAGCUACCAGCCUCUUGCUACACAGAAAUUAAAAAGCUUGGGGGCAGAGUCUGACCGCAAAGCAGACGCGGGUGCCAUGAGCUCCUGCUCGACGGGCAUUAGACGGGGACAAAACGGCAGCAAUGACAUCGGGAGACACAACUGGAUGCACUACCCAUGCUGGGGAGGCACCACUGAAGCAGCAGACACAAUCCCGAGGCCCGUCGGCCAAGGGGGCGCUGGACACCAUAUGCAGCCUACUAGUGUCGAAGCUGGGGCGAGAUGGCCGCUCUCCCUGACCCAGACGAAACCAAGCACACACACCAGCACCCUACCCUCCCCUUUGGACCGGCAGGGGUUAUCCCGAUCCACACGGGAAAGGCACACCGCAGCAGAUGGCGAGGAAGACGCGCCGCCAGGACCCUACCAAGAUGGCGGCUCAGCGGCAACCCGACCCAAGAGUCUCACAUAAACCCAGACCAACGACAGGGCCCCUGAGCUGACCCAAAACAGAACCUACCGGUACACCCAACAUGCUUACCCCCCGACGGCCCCUGCGAACCUCGACCAGCAAGAUGCCGCCCCGCAUAUGGCACCUCACAAAGCCUACCGUGACGCUGACCUAGACACAGCGAGACUGCACACCGGCGGGCGGAACCAGCGGAGAACCCAGCCACGACCCGCCGGGGAGGGAACCCCGAGGAGGCACCUACCCUGCCGUGAAGGCAAAUCCAGCACGCACCAGCAAACUCAAACUACACUGCAUCUGUCGCCUGACUGUACACAAUAGCAGCCCUGCAUGAACUGUCCUCAUAUGGAGGCUUACUGCCCAGCAGGGGGAUAGGCUGACGGACUGCUUAACUGUGCUGGCAUGCCAGGCUAGCUGCCAUGACAGAUCACUCUUCACUACUAGUGAUGCAUGGCUGUGUUAACCGUUUAUCUCUGCCACCUGUUGAAAUUUAGAUGUUUUUGCUAACUCAAGCUUUCUCUCUUCUCACCACUUAAUCUCACAUCUCGCUCACCCUAGCCCAGCUGUGCAUUGAGUCUCCCAUACCAUGCACUGCCAUAGCUUAUAAAGGCAAACCCAGCAACGAAACUACUCAUAUAUGUGAUGAAUCUUAAGGCUAUACCAAAUCUGUGUUAUAUUAAUUUAGACCUACUGUUAGUAUCUACAAUGCAGACCUCUCACCUAUGCACAAUUAAGGCUAACAGGGCUGUUGUUUUUAGUGUAGUUUAGCAUGUUUAAAAUCUUUUAUUUCAAAGAUCUCUAGCGACAUGAACAGAUACUGAUGCAAGCGCUUAUAAUUAGACAAUGUUGGAAAUAUUAGUAUUACUAGCUUAAAAUUGUAUAUCACCCUUUGACACAACCUUCCCAGCUUUAGCCUGAUAUUAUCAUAAAAAUGUGCAGUCAAUUCGCAUGCCAUGUCAAUCCCAGUGUUUCUGAUUAAUUUGCCAAUGCUGUUGUGGCAUAACAUAAAAAAAUGUAAAUGUCUAUACAUGCACAAGAAAAAUAAAGAAUAAUAAUAAUAAACAAAAAAAAAAUUAUUAAAAAGCUUCUUCAAUGAUUUAAUAAUACACUGUUUUUGGUUGCAAUACCCUUUACUGGUAUGGUCCAACCUGAUGAAAAAAGGAGGGGAGAGGCAAAAAAAACAAAAAAAAAAACAAACCCUACAAUCCAAUGCUGAAGCCAAGUUCUCCCUGCUACCUAAUCCUCCUCCACUGGGUGGGAUGUCGAAGGGGAGGAACUUGAGCCGCACAAGGGCUGGGGGGGGGGGAAUGCUGCCAUUCAUCAAUUCAUCAUCUGUUACCAGUAUGCCAUGCAUGCUGACGACAGACACUGUAUGCAUAGAUUAAUCAGUAGCCAGGCCCAGAAAUGUUGUUCCGGUCUGGCUAAUAACCAUACUGGUGGUCGUUACACCUCUGACAGCAAACACCUUUUAACUCUGUAUGUGCAGCGUUUCAUACAGAAACAAUGAAAAUUCCAAACACCAUCAUCACUUCGUCAGUCAGUGAAGUGGUCAUGGUGCUUGAAGUAAUCCCAUAAUAAAAUGUUUUAAAAAUCCCCAUUUCUGAAGUAAUCUUUAUUGGCAAACCAAUACCUGAACCUCAUGCAGUCUAUUCUCCUUUAUUCUUGCUCACUUGCUUUUCUUAAUUAACUAAUUCAUAAGAUUUCUAACCUUUUGCUUGUUUUUUUUGUUUUUUUCUCACAAAUUUUUCUUACUGUAAAAUCCCAAUAAAGCAGGCCUUCCGUUGUAAAAUUCUCUAGCCUGGAUUAACUGUCUCACAUGGACUGUUGGAACAUUUUCUGUUAGAUCCUGAUUCCUGAAACCUUUCCCGGAUUUACUGUAUUUUUGCAGUGUUUGUGUUUCCAUAGUUUUGUCCCAUUUUCUUGCCGCUUACUUUGCUUCGUACUGUUAGUUUUUGUUAUAGUCCAAGUGCAAUGGGUAAUAACUCUGGUUGUUAUGGAGUGUUACAUGAAGCAUAUUUAUAUAGCAAGGCUGCCCAAUGGGAUUUUAUUGCUCAUUUCUGGCCCAUACUUACAUGUGUCGGAUCAUGGAUUAAUAAUCAUUCUAAUUUACCAUUGUGAAUGUCCUGAUUGUCUUUUACUCUAUGAAGGAAAUGUAGAGCUAUGUUUAUUCAAUCUGUGUUCCUUUUUUUUGCCCUGUGGCCUUCUCUAGCUCUGAUACCGGACCGGUGCAUUAUUCCAUUUUUCUGUUGUGAACAAUUCGUGUACCAAGAUACUUCCAUUCUAACAGAUUUGGUUUCCCGUUCCUACAGCUUCAAGAUGCCUAACUGGGGAGGUGGAAACCAAUGCAGUGCGUGCGGUCGGACCGUAUACCAUGCUGAGGAGGUGCAGUGCGAUGGAAAGAGCUACCACAAGUGCUGCUUUCUGUGCAGUAAGUUGGCUUUUUAGCAUGAAAAGACAACGUCUGGUUCUCCAACUUUCACGAUGUUCAUUAGUGUUUUCUCAAAAUAAAAUGGAAUCCUACAAUAAGAAAUGUUUCUGGCCAUUUAAAGGGACCAAUACAACUUUAAUGCAUUUGAUAGAUUUUGGCCUUUUAUUGCUGUAUUUGUUUUUUUUUCUUUUAACAUGCUCAAGUUUUUAUAGUUUUCGCACAGGAAAAACUAAAUGUUUUGCAGAAUGUUGCACCAUUAACCUGCCUCCUUAGCCACACCCCCUCAUGACAGAAAGACUUGCUUAUCUCCGGUCUGCUCAGUCUCCGGCCCAAUGGCACUGAGUGAGUUGUUUUGUUAUUUACAACCUGAAAGACAGUGAGAGACAAACAGGUAGUGAUCUCAUAGAAACAUAGAAUGUGACGGCAGAUAAGAACCAUUCGGCCCAUCUAGUCUGCCCAAUUUUCUAAAUACUUUCAUUAGUCCCUAGUCUUAUCUAAUAGUUAGGAUAGCCUUAUGCCUAUCCCACGCAUGCUUAAACUCCUUUACUGUGUUAACCUCUACCAUUUCAGCUGGAAGGCUAUUCCAUGCAUCCACUACCCUCUCAGUAAAGUAAUACUUCCUGAUAUUAUCUUCUUACUAUAUGUCUCCCUGGGUGUCCUCUGCUUCUAAUACAGGUUGUUUUUGUAGUUCACAUCACUCAGUGCUGUCAGUGGCUGAACUAUGUACAUACAUAUAAGGAAGUAUUUUUCUGGAGUGAGGGGGUGUGGCUAAAGAGGCAGGCCCAAUUGUCCAUCAUCCACAAUCCUGGUUUAGUUCUUUACUAUUGGAGAUAUUGCACAAACUUGGCUAGUUGUGGGGUGUUAAUACUGCCAUACUCUGAAGACUCUCCAUAAAUCUUUUGGUACGAGACAUAUUAAAGGGUCACUAUAGGCCCCCAGGCCAUUCCAUCUCAUUAAAGUGAUCUGGAUGCACUGACCCAGUCCUCUUAACCCUGCAAUCUAAAACAUUGCAGUUUCUCUGCAGGGUUAAGACUGCCUUUAGUGGCUGUCUACCAUACAGUCACUAGUGGUGCUUCCUGCUCUUUUACAGAGUUCAACGCCGUAAAAAUGACCCUGGACGUUCUCAUGUGCAUGAGGCUAUUCAGUGUGCUUCCCUACGGAUAAAGUCUAAUAUGUGCACGGCAAUCACUUUGCUGGUACAUUAGGGGUGUUUAUUUUUUUAUUAAUUUACAGCAAAAAAAAUCUGGCCUCCUACCAUUCUCUCUGACCCUUAGUGGCCAUGCUCUCUGUGGGCUGUAAACACAAACCAGCCUGUGAAUACAGAACGUGCAGAGAGAAUGGAAUGUCAGAUCAUAGAGAGCCCAUGGCCUCGACCAAGGACAAUCAUAUUUUUGUUUAAUAACUCUGGAAUUUAACUGGAAAUAUCAUGCUUGAUGAAAUGGCACAAUGCUUUGAUAUCUGCAAAAUGGUUUUUCUGCAACCACAAUUAGAAACCACACACCAUUUCCACUCAUUGAAUGACAAAUUUAUAAAGCAUCAUUUUGUCUACGUUUAGAAAGAUCAACUACCAGCCCUAAACACAUUUUUUAUUUAUUUUCUAUAUAAUUUAUUUUUGUUCUUUAAUAACCACUUGAAUGUUAAUGUGUUUGUUUUCUUUGACUUUUUAUGUUGAUAGUGGUAUGCAGAAAAAAUCUGGACAGUACUACCAUGGCUAUACAUGACGAUGAGAUUUACUGUCGCUCAUGUUAUGGAAAGAAGUACGGGCCCAAGGGCUAUGGUUAUGGCCAAGGAGCCGGCACAUUGAAUAUGGACAGAGGAGAAAGACUUGGCAUAAAACCAGAAGAGUAGGUUUUUGUAAUAAAAGAUUACCAAAUACAUUUAGACAAUAACAUAAUCUAAUUACAGAAGGCUUCCACUUUAUACUGGUGUAAUGUGAUCCCGGGGGGGGUUCUUAAUUGAGAAUUCAAAGUGAAUUUCACAUUUAAGGCCAGAGUACUGGCUGACUUUUUUUUUUUUUUUUUUCAGAUCAGAUAUUUUCACCUUUAAAUUUAAAGUUCAAUUGAAAUUCACUUUGAAUUUUCACUCUGGUAACACACUCUAUUUAUUUGAUUAUCUUGUAGUGAGGCAACAGUGUGACUAACUGGGGCUCUGAGCAGAAAUCAUUUCAAUUCUGAUCUGGGCUACUGAGCCCAGGAGUGCCACAGCACCCAGCGAGGGAUAAACACAGUAACAGAAAGGAGUUGAGAAGGAGGAAAGGUUAAUUUUGAGAAUGAUGUAAGGAUCGUUAAAGACCAAAGGUGGGCAGAGAAGAGGACAUGGAAAGGUUGAAGAGUGCACUGGUAGUUUGUCGAGAACAUGUAUCCUGAAAGAGACUAUAGGAGAAGAGCAAGAGAGUUUAGAUGAAGGCUGAGAAAGCAAAUUAUGACUUAACAAACAGAACAGCUAUACUGGAGUGAGACAGAAACUAGAAGGUCGGCUGGUCAAGAGUAGUCCGGGACCGAGGAAAGGAGCAAGAUGUCAAUGUUGCUCUAUAUAAAGCAUGUGUGUCCAAAGGACACUGACAAAGACUGAUUCAUUUUUUACAUUGCACGAAGAACCUUUUUAUUCUGAGAUUAAAACACACAUCAGACAUUUAGUUCUGAAACAUUUAUAUAAUAAAUGCUCAGAUGGAUUUAAGAAAGCUUUGCAGAUUUUUUUUUUUCUUCUUCAAUGUCCAUUGUGUUCUGUCAUGUCAAUUACAUGUUUGAUUUGUUUCCAAAGUAAAUACUUUAUAGCUUGAAUAAUCCCCAAUAAAACCUUGUUUUUAAUUUCAGAACCCAACAAUCACGCCCCAGCAACACCACAUCAAACCCUUCAAAGUUUGCUCAGAAAUUUGGAGGAACUGAAAAAUGUCCCCGAUGUGGGGAAUCUGUGUACGCUGCAGAGAAAGUAAUGGGGGCAGGAAAAGUAAGUUGGUGAAAAUCCUGUUCGAGCCAUCACCUGGAAACCCAAUUCUAAUCUGCUUUUUACUAGAAAUUCUAAUGAACUUUAGAACUAAUGCAUUCAGAAUGCUUUCAUUAGAUAAAGACCUGCCUCUGAAUAUGAAUUUUUCUUUUCCACUGAACCAUGAGGGGAACUGUAACAAGGCAAAUGAUUAAAGCCUAGACAUACUCCCUCGUUAUUUAAAGGAACACUCCAAACACCGUAACCACUUUGGUGUGCUGUAGUAGUUAUGGUGCCAGGAAUACCCUAGCACUCCUCAAAUGUAAGUAGUCAAACCGUUUUUAGAAUGAGCUGACUUUUUAACUGGGUUCUGCCUGAUGCUGCUCUCUGCCUACUCUCAGCAGCCAGAAAGACCGGAAGCUCAUUGACUGAGAGCAUUAGUUGAUCUUUUUCUGGAAAUGAGCAAAGCAAGGCACCACUGAACUCUGGUGUAAGCUAAACACUUCUAGCAGGGGGGCGGCAAUCAGCAGACCCAAGUUAAAAAUCAAAAUGUGAUAAAAGCAUUUGACUGUUUACAAUGGGAAGGCACAAAGGUAGUAGAGGGCACUGCAGUGGUUAUGGUGCUUGGAGUGUGGUUUUAAUUUACUCUGUCUUUCCUCUGCGGAUGAGAGAUGCCGUUGGUGGUUUUUUUCUGUUAAAAUAUAUUUUAUGAGUCAUUGCAUAUCAUUUUCUUGUUGAGCUGUUCAUAGUUCUAUUUUUCUGCUCCUUACGACACUGGCUUGGCAACUGGAUAACUGUACUGGUGACAUGGCUGACCUUACUAGUUACUGUAUAACUUAGAUACACACAGCGCCCAAGCAAUAUUAAUAUUCAACCUGGGAUGGCCACCUAGUAAAUAUUUUACUGUCUGUCUUAUUGUCUAGGAACCUAUAUUGGUAAAACAUCAGAAAUUAAGCAAAUUCCAAGAGUCAUUAAAUAAAGUACAUUAGGACUUGUAUAACCUUUUUUAGAUCCGCAUGAUGUAUCCUAAAAAGUGAAUUUAAUAACCUUCUAUGGCAACAUAAAGUACACAAUGUCUCAUUGCCAUCCAUAUGUUGGCCAGGAAUGGAAGGAACGUUAACAUUUUUCAGUUUCUGAUUAUUUGUCACAUUCCAGGCAUGGCAUAAGAACUGCUUCAGGUGUGCAAAGUGUGGCAAAAGUCUAGAAUCGACCACCUUAACCGAGAAAGAGGGAGAAAUCUACUGCAAAGGUAUGUCCGUGUACCAGAAUUCCAAAUUCUAUUUGUAUAUGUGUGAAGCUUUGUUUCAAUUGACCUCCGCUGUUAUUCUGCUAACAGCUACUCAUGUGUACUAGUAAGUUUUUAGGACAGAAAAGGCCAAAAGGCAGAUCCCAAGUUUAUUUAGAACUACAAAUCUCAUGCUGCACUUUUUUUCUUCUUUUUUAUCUAAUUUACUGAUAGUAUAACAACUAAAAGUAUUUUCAUACAAAUGUAAAACAGAUUUUAUAAAUAUUUUUUUAAUGUAGGAUUGAACCUCCCCAAUCUAUUUUCAGGAAAGAAAGUAGGUGAAGGCAACCUGUGAUGUCUGCAGAAUCAGUCUAGGGCAGACCAUUGCCUGCACUCCAGAUGUUGUGGACUGUAUCUCCCAUAGUGCUCUUAGUCACAAUGCUGGCAAAGCAUCGGGGGAGAUGUAGUCCACAUCUGGAGUGACAGAUUGCCUACCCUUGGUUUAGGAGUUUCCAUAGGAAUUGCUCUACUUCUAGAACUUUAAAGGAGCACUUUUCUAAAUCUUCCCCUUUUUAUAAACUAACAAGUUCCUGUGUUUUUGUUAUUACAAAGAAAAUCAUUUUUAUAUAAAAUACAUUAAUCUCUUUAAACGUCCCACUAUUGCUUAUAACUCUUUCUUUUAAUCCCUCCAUACAGCAUGUUAUGCCAAGAAUUUUGGACCAAAAGGAUUUGGAUAUGGCCAAGGAGCAGGAGCCCUCGUGCAUGCUCAGUAAACAAAAUGCAAGGUGACUACACCUUAAAAUCUUCCCUGGAACUAGACCUAGUGAUAUUUCAAAGCUCUACUAAUCACUGUGAAAAUAACUGCAUUUCUUGACUCUAAUAAGCCUUUGGAUUCUUCAAACUUUCGUGCUUUUACAUCUUUUGGUGUAUUACUCAUUUUAUAGGAAUUUAUGGAUUUCUCAUAAAGGAUUUUGCAAAGCUUCUAUUUUGUUCCUGUUCAAAUUGAGUAGCAAAUACAAGUUAAAAGGAUAAAAUAAUUGGGGAUAUGUAUGUCAUGGUAUUUGAAAGGGUUUAUACACCAACCUUGAAUUUAUAGUGUAUUAAUAACCAAAUUGUAGAGGUUGUGAAUUGGGAAUUUGUCUUUCUAAAUCUGUUAUAGUCACGGCUUUACAUAUUGGAAUUCUGUAUUUAAUAAACUAAAACAUGGUAUUAGUGAAUGUUAAAUAGUCCCCUAAGCCUAUCCUUGGAUAUUAAAUGCAUCCAAAUACAGUAAUUUAGAUUCCAAAGAGGACCUGUCCAUUCUUCAGAACGCAGGUGAUCUUAGAAUAUAUAUCAACAGAUAAAUAUUUUAAUCUAGCAAAUUAAAGGCGCAGUCUAAGCACCAUAACUACUACAUGCUGUGGAUGCACAUAUGGUACUGCUGCAGCCUUUUUCUUAGCAGAUUGCUAUUGUGGAAUUUAAUAUUGGAUUGCUAAUAUCAUUUAGACCAUAUUUGGACAGUAGUGGAAGGCUUAAUCAGUCAGCAGAUGCACUCUGCCAGUAGGCUGGGUUGUGGGAUUGGUAAAUUUAAUCAAAUUGACUCUGAAUCAGGAAAUGGUGUCUGCAGCCUACGAACGCCAUAAUUACAAUGGUGUGUAGUAAUGAUGGUGCUUAGAUUGCCCCCUGCGCUCCUAAAGGGAAAAAAAAAUCUAAUAAAAUACACCUCACGUUGUAUUUUUCAAUAUUUCACAAGCUUGCACUUUCUAGAAUGUUUUUUAGCUAUCAAAGUGCUUAAGUUUCUAUCGCUCUUGUUCAAAAACAGAAACAUUGCCAUCCUGUAUUUUACACACUGGUAAAGUUACAAUUAAAAAUUUUAUAAAACAAACCGCCCAUUUACUCUGUUUUACAUGUCUGUCAAUAGUU